AGAGACGAGACAACUGCAGCUUAUUGCAGUUCAGUUAAUAUAGCUGUAAGGUUCAGCUGUGCUUAUCGCAGCGAAUUUAAGAUGCUUAAUCGAUUGCCUUCGGUAUACCUUGUCUUUAGUUUGUGCCUAUGGCUGGAGAUCAAAGCUGAUACGCACGGUCCGAAUUCGGACAAAUUAAAGCUGCUUUCCAGGUUUUGUGGAGUUUCCGUACUCGAUAGAAUUUUCCAAGGCCAAUAUGCCCAGAUUUUCCGAAAUCCAUGGAUAGCUUUACUGCAGUAUGAACAUGACGGAGAAAUUGAGCAUGGUUGCAGUGGUUCCUUGAUCAACAAUCGCUACGUGUUGACCGCUGCUUCUUGUCUGACCAACAAAACAGAUGUUCAGUUGCUCAACAUUCGUUUGGGUGAGCUAGACAAAAGUCAGUAUCAAGACUGUGUUUCUUACGGCUCGGAUAUAGCGGAAAAAGACUGUGCCGAACCAGCAGAUGAUUAUGGCGUGGAAUCAAUAGCAAUUCAUCCGGAGUAUAACCAACAGACAUUCCUCAACGACAUCGGACUGAUUCGUCUAAACAAAAACGUCACUAUGCAUGAUAACACUAGUCCAAUAUGCUUACCAAUCACUGCAAUGCAACCUCCGCCCACAAUUACACGGUUCACUGCUAUUGGAUGGGGUACUUGUGGGAAUCGUACGGGCUCGAACGCUUUGCUACAGUCGAUGUUGACCUCAAUGGAUAACGUGGAAUGUGGUCGAGAAAUUAGCGAGCAUCAAAUAUGUGCCACUCGUUAUACGGGCAUCGAUGUUGGCGGACCACUAGCAACCCCAAUGCCUCACCUACAUGCGGGUUUAAGAUUUGUUCAGCUUGGCGUUGCUUCAGGAGCGGUUGACUCCUGCGCACAAGACGGUUAUCCUGGAGUCUAUACCCGCGUUUCCAGCUAUAUAGAAUGGAUCUUGGAAACCAUCGAGCCCUAAGACAAUGUAAGCCCCUGCCGAAGGAUCUGGUAGGCUUGUUCUUGUUAGGUAGAAUUUACUCAUUAAAUUGAUUAUGCCAAGUUACAGCUAAAUUAGCCAUAGAAAUACAAAUAAUAGAACAAAACGUGUAAAA